CCAAAGAAAUACAAGAUAAUCUCUUUCAAAGGUUGUAUGACACAAAUAUGCUUCAUCCACAUCAUGGGAGGAGUGGAGAUGGUAUUACUCAUGGCCAUGGCAUUUGACAGGUACACAGCAAUCUGUAAGCCUCUUCACUACUUGAACAUCAUGAGUCCUAAAAUAUGUGAUUCCUUUGUCAUCACUGGCUGGGUGAUUGUGGUGAUUCAUGCUAUGUCUCAAUUUGCUUUCAUUAUAAACUUGCCCUUCUGUGGGCCUAACAAAGUUGACAGCUUUUAUUGUGAUUUUCCCAGGAUCAUAAAACUUGCAUGCACAGACGGAGCCAGGUUUGAGUUUAUUGUUGCUGCCAACAGUGGCUUCAUGAGUAUGGGAACCUUCUUUCUGCUAAUCCUUUCCUACAUCUUCAUUUUGGUUACUGUCUGGAACCGUUCUUCGGGAGACUUAUCCAAGGCAUUAGUCACUUUGUCAGCUCACAUCACUGUGGUGGUCCUGUUUUUCACUCCAUGAAUGUUUCUCUAUGUAUGGCCUUUUCCCAGAUCAUCAGUUGAUAAAUAUCUGUUCAUUGUUGACUUUAUUAUUACCCCUGUCUUGAACCCUACCAUAUAUACAUUAAGAAACAAAGACAUGAAGGUAGCUAUAAAAAGACUGAAUAAAUGGGGACACUACAUCAGAUUUUGUUAACUGGAUCUGAGUUUGGACUUCUAAAACUCUACAUCCAUCUGCCCUAUGGACAUCUCCGCUAGGCAUUUGACAUUUAACAUGGCCAGAUCUGCACAUGGCAUCUACCUAGUUGAACAGACUUCUGCUAUGCUGUAGGGCAUCUACUCAUUGCCUUAAGUACCAUGGGAAAAGGGAAUCCACCAUAAAGCAGACUAUUUUAGUAUGCACUACUGCUAAUUACUAAAUAGCAUUAUUAAAAAUGGGAUUAUCUUGACAAUAGGAGAAAUAUAAUAACAUCUCUUCUGCUUUCCAUUAAGUUUGUGAAUAAACCAU